AUGGGGCAUUAUCCGCAUAUGAAAUUAGUUGCCGUGACGAAAUGUUUAUGCAAAAGUGCGGCAACUGAUAGUGUUGAUGAUUACACUCGUAUGGGUGCAACUACAAUAUACAAGUAUCUAAAAAGAUUUUGCCACACCAUUUGCAUGACUUUUGGAGAAAGAUAUUUGCGUGAACCCACUCCUGAAGAUGUUGAGAGGUUGCUAGCUGAGAAUGCGGAACGAGGUUUUCCUGGAAUGCUUGGUAGUGUUGAUUGUAUGCAAUGGCCAUGGAAGAAUUGUCCGGUAGCUUGGCAAGGAACUUACCGGGGUAAAGAUAAACAUAGUAGUUUGGUAUUAGAGGCGGUGGCAUCAUACGAUUUGUGGUUUUUGCAUUCUUUUUUUGGAAUGCCUGGAUCAAAAAACGAUUUGAAUGUGUUGGCGCACUCACCCCUUUUUGAUAACAUGCUAAAGAGUGUAGCACCUCCACGCAAUUAUGUCAUCAAUGGUCACCAAUACCAUAUGGGUUAUUUCUUAGCCAAUGAUAUCUAUCCAAAGUUGACUACAAUUGUACAAGCUUUCACUCAGACAUUGGUCAUUCCCGAGUAUGUGAGAUUCAACAAGUAUGUGACAUAG